CAAUCUGAGUGCUGUUAUAUAGGUAUGUUGAGUUCAUGAAAAUUUAUCAAGCUAUAUAUGGUACUUAGGAAAUGUGCAUCUUUUUAUGUAUUUGUUUGUUCUGAUUACUAUGCUGUGUAACAAAGCACCCCAAAUUUAGUGUCACAAAACAAUAGCCAUUUUUUAUGCUCAAAGAUUCUGAAAAUUCAUAGAAGACACAGCAGCAAUGGCUUAUCUCUAUCCCAUGACAUCUGCAGCCUCAUCUAGAAAGCCCCAACACCCGGAAUUGACUUGAGGCUGAUGGCUGGAACCAUAUGGAGGCUUCUUCAAUCACAUGUCUAGUGUCUGAGCUGGGACAACUCAAAGGCUGAACUCAGCCAAGAACAGUCAAACAGAGCUUCUCAAAAUGUGGUGGCUAGGUUCCAAGGGGGAACAUCCUGAAAGGGAGCUACCAGACAACAAGCAUGUCAAGAGAACCAGAAGGAAGCUGCAUGGCCUUUUAUGAUCUAGCCUUAGAAGUCACAAAACACCACUCCUGCUAUACUCUAUUGGUUGAAACAGUCACAAAGUAGCAGUGUCAAAGAAUUUGUGGCCAUUUUUUAAAAACUGCCACAAUGUUAUACAAUAACAAUAAUAAAUACUAGUCCUAGGUUUUUGGAUUAAAGGACACAGAUAGGAAUUAUAAGAGAAAAAGUAGGUAAGCGAAUAUAAUGAGCUCAGUUAUAGACCCAGUGAGUUGAAGGUGACUGUGGGAUAUCCAAGUGGGGCCAUCUAGUAAGUAGUUUGCAAUGUAGGUAACUGCCACUCAGGGAAGUUCCUGGGAGACAUUGGAUGAGAAAUGAAGUCCUGUGGGUGAUGGAGAUCAACCAGAAAUAGUUAGGAGGAUGGAAAAAGAGGAAAGCCUAAAACAAAGACCUUAAAAACACUACAUAGAAGGAUGGGCAGAGGAUCUUAUGAAAGAGACUAAGGAGAAAUAAACAGAAGACUAAGAAAUUAUGGCAUUGCAAAAGAUUUGAAUCCUUUUGUGGCAUUAUUUUGAAUAUUAUCUUUUCAUUUUAAUAAAGUUAUAAUACUUUUUAAAAAGAAAUUAUGGCAUCACAGAACAACACAAAUCUGAUCCUAUCACUUAAUUGUGCAAAACACUUCACAGAGUCUCCAUUGCCUUUGGGUAAAAGCCAAGCUUUAUAACAUGGCUGACAAAACUCUUCUUCAGCUGGCCUCUGUCUAUCAUUCAGCUUCAUCUCUCACCACUAUCCCCCAGUUCCUCUAAAAUAAGCCAAAUGAUGUUCCCCCAGUCACCCCUGCUUUUUGAUGUCUCUAUUCCUUUGCAUAUUCUGUGCACUCUAUCUCUAAUAUUCUUCACCUUCCCAUCUCUAUACCUAACUCUUAUUCAUCCUAUAGCACCCAGGCUCAGUUGGAAACCCUUCCCAUGUACUGUAAUAGACUUCUGUGUAUCCACCUAAUAGAGUACUCAUCAGUACCCUGGCAACAACUGCCCCUGUGUAAUUUCCUGAUGUGUAACUGCCUGUCUACCUAUUUUCCCCUACCAGACUGUGAACGUCUAGAGGCCAGGGAGUGUGUCUCAUUCACCUUUAAUCCUCAGGAUUUAGCACAAUAUUGGCGUGGCAUAUAGUGGGUGUUCUGGUUUUGACUUGUUGACUGAGAAAGAUGAUAGUAGACAAAGGUACAUCAGGUUAAGGGAGAAUUUAGAGGGUUUUUGUUUGUUUGGGUAUGAAAGAUAUUAAAGCAUGUUCACAGAAAGGGAAAAGGUGAAAGAGAUUGAGAAUACAUAGAACACAUAGAAUACCUGGUGGCAGCAGGUACUAGAGGUAACAAGAAGGGAAAAGGAUAAAAGCACCAUAGGAUGGCCCCCAUCACACCAUGCAGCAGGAAGGAGGGAAGGCAGACGUGGAUGUAGAUAAGGCUAGGAUACAAGUAAGGAUGUAGAUAAUGAAAACAGAGCUUAUGUCUGAUGUGGGAGGCAUCUGUGUCCCUAGAGACUACUUUAGCACCUGACAUAGAUGAGCCAUUCAGUAAAUAGUUGUUAAAUAAGUAAAUAACGAGGUCCAAGCAGAGAACUUCCAAAAUGUCAGAGUGUCUGGGCCUACAGUAAAAUUCAGGUUCCCCUGAACUAGAGGACCCUAUGUAAUUCAGUUUGGGGUGCAGAGAGGGGAGGAGGAAGGCAGAAACAAGGCCCAGGCUUCGUUCUGAGGCGUGCACCUCCCUAUCUUCUCCAGAGACCUCAUUAGAGGUGUUUAGCUGGGAAGGUGUAAGCACAGGCCCUGGGAGACAGGGCAGGGGACAGGAGCUACACUGUCUCCGCCUCUUCAGUAGCUGCUAGCCCUGGCUGUGUUGCUAAGAGCCUCAAAGACAAAGAAGUCACAGCCGGAACCCAAGGGCAGCUCUUCCAGGCUGUUAGGCACUAGCCCCCACCUCCCAAAGCCGCCUACAGGCAGAGAGGCCCUGGAUAUCUCACAUCCCAGCACCAGGCCACAGAACCAUGAGCCAGGACAGCAAAGUGAAGACAACAGAGUCCAGUCCCCCUGCCCCAUCCAAGGCCAGGAAGUCGAUACCUGUCCUGGACCCAUCUGGGGAUUACUACUACUGGUGGCUGAACACGAUGGUCUUCCCAGUAAUGUAUAACCUCAUCAUUGUCGUGUGCAGAGCCUGCUUUCCCGACUUGCAGCACGGUUAUCUGGUGGCCUGGUUGGUGCUGGACUACACAAGUGACUUGCUGUACCUACUGGACAUCGUCGUGCGCUUCCACACGGGAUACUUAGAACAGGGCAUCCUGGUGGUGGACAAGGGUAGGAUCUCGCAACGCUACGUUCGCACCUGGAGCUUCUUGCUGGACGUGGCUUCCCUGGUGCCCACGGACGUGGCCUACGUGCGGCUGGGCCCGCACACACCCACGCUGAGGCUGAACCGCUUUCUCCGUGCGCCCCGGCUCUUCGAGGCCUUUGACCGCACAGAGACCCGCACAGCUUACCCGAACGCCUUUCGCAUCGCCAAGCUGAUGCUUUACAUUUUCGUCGUCAUCCAUUGGAACAGCUGCCUGUACUUUGCGCUGUCCCGGUACCUAGGCUUCGGGCGUGACGUGUGGGUGUACCCGGACCCCGCGCAGCCUGGCUUUGAGCGCCUGCGGCGCCAGUAUCUCUACAGCUUUUACUUCUCCACGCUGAUCCUGACCACGGUGGGCGACACGCCAAUGCCGGCCCAGGAGGAGGAGUACCUCUUCAUGGUGGGCGACUUCCUGCUGGCCGUCAUGGGUUUCGCCACCAUCAUGGGUAGCAUGAGCUCUGUCAUCUACAACAUGAACACCGCAGAUGCGGCUUUCUACCCAGAUCACGCGCUGGUGAAAAAGUACAUGAAGCUGCAUCGCAUCAACCGCCGGCUGGAGCGGCGAGUUAUUGACUGGUACCAGCACCUGCACAUCAACAAGAAGAUGACCAAUGAGUUAGCCAUCUUACAGCACUUACCCGAGCGGCUGCGAGCUGAAGUGGCUGUAUCUGUACACCUGUCUACGCUGAGCCGGGUGCAGAUCUUCCAGAACUGCGAGGCCAGCCUGCUGGAGGAGCUAGUGCUAAAGCUGCAGCCGCAGACCUACUCACCAGGCGAAUAUGUCUGCCGCAAAGGGGACAUUGGCCGAGAGAUGUACAUCAUCCGAGAGGGUCAACUGGCUGUGGUGGCAGAUGAUGGCAUCACACAGUAUGCUGUGCUUGGUGCAGGACUCUACUUUGGGGAGAUCAGUAUCAUCAACAUCAAAGGGAACAUGUCUGGGAACCGCCGCACUGCCAACAUCAAGAGCCUAGGUUAUUCAGACCUGUUCUGCCUGAGCAAGGAGGACCUGAGGGAGGUGCUGAGUGAGUAUCCACAAGCCCAGACGGUCAUGGAGGAGAAGGGACGUGAGAUUCUGCUCAAAAUGAACAAGUUGGAUGUGAAUGCCGAGGCAGCUGAGAUCGCCCUACAGCAGGCCACUGAGUCCCGGCUGCGAGGCCUCGACCAGCAGCUUGAUGAUCUGCAGACCAAGUUCGCUCGCCUCCUGGCUGAGCUGGAGUCCAGCGCACUUAAGAUUGCUUACCGGGUCGAACGGCUGGAGUGGCAGACUCGAGAGUGGCCAAUGCCUGAGGACCUGGCUGAGGCCGAUGACGAGGAAGAAGCUGGGGAGGGAACUUCCAAGGAUGGGGAGGGCAGGGUCGGCCAGGGGGGACCCUCAGGUCCAGAGUGGCUGCAUCGCCAUCCACAGGACUCCCACCUCUGAGUAAAUCCAGAUUUGUAGGAAAGCCUGCCUGCAGAAAUUCUUCCAUCCUGUCUGCUUGGUCACAGAGAUGGGAGCAUAUUGGUCUGUGGAUGCCCAGCUCGAGGUGUAGGAGCGUAGCACAUAUUCAUCCUCCACUUACCAGCAGUACACACACACAGUUGCACAUACACAUGCUGGUCCCAAGACUGUGCAUUCCAUCCAGAAUGCUCUGGAGUUUCCAUUUGGAAAGUGUACAUGCUUUUUCUCACAAGCACAGAUAUGUCUUACAUUCAUAUAAUAUAUACAUACAUUCAGCCAUGCUCCUCCUAAACACACAUAUGCUGUCAGUCAUACACCAACAGACACAUAGGUGCUCUCCAAAGGUGUGCACACACUUGUGAGAACACACUUUGAGCCCUCUAGGUCCAAGAUGUCCUUUGAAUUGACCCCCAUAUGGGUGAUUCAUAAGUGUACCAUGAAUGUUGCACUUCAAUAAAAUGUUUUCCUUCUCUCUAAGCAUUUAUGGGGCUGGAAAUAAAAG